AUGGAAGAAAAACGAGAAUUUUUCGACGUGGAUAUUCGAUUCCUAUCAAUCAGUAAAUUAUUGCGCGAAUGCCGCGUCAUAGCAGCAAAGACGCAUCAUUCAAUUAGCCGCAUCACCGGUGAUUUGGAGGACGAGCAUUACCUGGAGCUCGCUUCGAAACUACCCAUGUCAUCGGAAGAGCACGUGCGCUUCGUGGAAGAAAAACUUUCCCAAAAGGAAAGCACGGAUGCUAUGAUGCGGCUAAUAUUGAAGUCGAAGGGCGCAAAAGGCAGUGUGGACGGCGUACUACGUGGUUUGUUUUCAGACGAUGUAAUGUACCAUUACAAUUUAGAGGGGCGCAAGGAGAAGAAAUCCCUACUAAAACUAAAAUGCGUAGGGUUAGUUUUUGAUAUAUUUCCUGACAAGGAUAAAAACAGUAUAUAUGGGGAGCUCCGGAGAUUUGUGGCCUUAAGCCACAAUCGUUAUAAACAGAAGAAACAUAAACUAAGGGCUAAAUUAAUAUAAGUUUUAUUAUUAUUACUUAUAUAUAUUAGUUUUAAGUUGUAAAUAUUAGUUUUAAGUUGUAAAUAUUAGUUUUAAGUUGUAAAUAUUAGUUUUAAGUUGUAAAUAUUAGUUUUAAGAUGUACAUAUUAGUUUUAAGUUGUAUAUAUUAGUUCUAAG